CACAAUUGAAUCAAAUUGAUCCCGGAUGCUCCACGCCUCGCUGGAGCGGCGUCUGGACGUGCUGGAGGGCUCGGACGUGGACCAAGAUGAGAACGCUGGCGUGUAUAGUCGCAUAGCAACCCCCGACGGGCGUCCGGACGCUCCAAACGCUUCUCAGCGCCUGCGAUCGUUGUCUUCUUCGUCGGAAUCCUCUUCUCACAGUUCUUCCGCGUCUUCCAUAGAUGAAGAGCAAGCUUCACGAUCUCCUAGCGGGGUGCAAUUACUCUCAGCGCAAGGUUCAGCUACAUGGCAGGCUCAUAUGGACCCUCGUGUGGACCUGAAGUUGCUGAGUAACCAUUUCCGAGACGAGAGGAUGGAAGAGUCCUAUCAACUUUAUUCCUCCACGGUGGACUUCCCAGUGGCUCGUAGACUCAUGCUGGCUCUUGUGGCUUUCGAAGGAGCCGCCUAUUUCCUGUUCCGCAGGUUCAAAGACACGUGCAUCGCGCCUUCGGGCAACGACUACGAGUGGGUGGAUCUCGUCAGUACCUUGCUCGACGAAGACCCUACGUCGACGUACAAUGCAACAGAGACGAGCUGUGUGUCGUUCAUCGAGCCAAUGUCCAAGGACGAAGGCCUCACUUGGCUGUUAUGGAGCUUUGCACCAUUCGCAGUGAUCUAUGGCAUGUUGCCAUUGAAAUACUUUGAAGGAAGUAUGAGACUACGAAUCGGGGUCUACUACAUUCGACGUCAUUGGAAAGUUAUUGCCUCCUUGAUAAUUUUGUGCUGGUCGGUCGGAUUGGCAGUAUUUGUGCAUCACGAACUCGUUGGAAUGAGGACCAAUUUGGAGCAAAGUUUAGCGAAUGGAAUGGUUUGUGCAUCGGAUACAUUGAUGCCUACGUCGUGGUAUGAUACGUCUGAAUGGGGGAAAAUUUCAGGAGUGGAUGGCAAAAUGACGCUGUUGUCGUGGCUGCAGCUGUAUGACAGUAAACUGGCGUACUCUUUACUCAUGGGCGUAUUGGCAGUACUAGCCGCAUUUGCGGGUAUCGUCGCAGUGGCCAUGAAGCUGGAUUUCACCCACGUCUUACUACUAGCUGUAGCAGAGUGGAUUACGACAUUAAUGUUGUGCUUUUUGGGUGCGACGCCGCUGAUUUCGUCCAGCCGACGUGUCAUGAGCAACGAGGCGUUCUUGUUCUUCCUGUGUGUAUUCCUACCCACAUGUUUUACACUGACGGCGACGUACUCGGAGGAUCGUGCGGCUCGUAUGGCGUAUGCGUCGAAAGUGCGUGCGGAGCGUAUUAACACGACGUUGAAGUUGGAUUUAUCGGUAAAACAGAUCGGAUUAGAGAACCGUAACGCGAUGACUCGCGACGAAAAGGAGGCGCUGGAAAGAGCACUGGGUGCAUCAGGUGACAUGGAGCUGUUCCUGAGUGUUUCGAUCCCUUUUGCAGACUUGAAAUUGAAGGAGAUACUGGCUAAAACACCCAAUGGAGAGGUGUUGGUGGGUGAAUAUCACCAGACUGAUGUCGUGGUCAAGCGGUUGGCGCAGUCGUGUCUAACAGCUGAGGGUCUGGCUGCAUUUAAGAGCAAAGUCGAGUUGUUGGCGUGUCUCCGACAUCCGAAUAUUGUGCUGUUCAUUGGCGCAACAUUCGACAAUUUGUCAAAUGUUGGGCUUGUGAUGGAAUACCUUGAACGUGGGGAUGUGUUGUCGUUGCUGCGCAGCCCCAUCGCAUUGGCGUGGAGUGAUCCGUUGUUGAAAAUUGCUACUGAUGUGGCUCAAGGCGUGUCGUACCUGCACAACUGUGACCCGCCAUUGGUGCAUCGCGACCUCAAGUCUUCCAACUUGUUGUGUACGCGCACGUACUCGUGUAAAGUAUCGGAUUUUGGCGAGUCAAAGCGGCAAUUACUACCAGGAAAACUAUUUAGUACUAUUGUAGGAACGCCGUACUGGUUGGCGCCCGAGAUUCUUCGUGAGGAACGGUAUGAUACUCAAGUGGACUGCUACAGCUUCGGAGUGAUCCUUGUGGAGCUCGAGACGCGACGGGAGCCCUACCAUGACCUUCCUAAGGACUAUACUACCAUUGAUAUUAUGAUGGGAGUAUCACGUGGCGACUUGCGACCUACUAUUCCUCCAUCCUGUUCGCCCUGCAGACGUGAGCUUAUUGUACGAUGUUUGGAUGCUGAUCCGAAACGCCGACCUAAGAUGACAGAGAUCCUUUACGCACUGCAGCAUGAGGUGCGUCAAGAGUUGUUGGACCAGAACUCCACGGACGUCAUCACCGAUAAACGCCGGAUGGUCCUCAUGCAGCAACACCAACGACUCAAUCGUCGUGGACUUCAGGAUCUUAUGCGGACUCACAACGAUGAUUAAUUGCGUGCGUCUUAUGAGCAGCUGGUGUCUAAGUGCAUGUAGUAAAUUUGUGGUAAUAAUUCAAAGUAAUAUGUACUUCGAAGUAUGUUUUUAACGCUUGAUAAGUAAUUAACGGUGGCCGGAGUUGAACACAAUG